GGUCUUAUUACGUAUGGUUGUUGUAUAAUAUUCCCACGUGUUGUGAAUCGUAAGAUUCAGGACUAUUCUGUGUAUAACAUUAUAAUAUUGAAUCUUAACAUGACAUCUGUCAAAGCAAGCGAUAAUGAAAUUAUCUUAAUUGGAAAAGUUCUAAAUAAUACCAACGAGCCUUUAAAGAAAAGAUUUCGAGCUUUAUUUACAUUACGAAAUUUAGGUGGAAAACAAUCUAUUGAAGAAAUCAACAGUUGCUUUAAAGAUGAAUCCGAAUUAUUGAAACAUGAAUGCGCUUAUGUUCUAGGACAGAUGCAGGAUGAGUUAGCUAUUGAUUAUUUAAUAAAAAUAUUAGAAGACGAGAGUCAGCAACCUAUCGUUCGACAUGAGGCCGGUGAAGCACUUGGCGCUUUAGGCGAUGAUAGAGUUAUGCCUAUUCUAGAAAAAUAUUCUACUUGCUCGAUAUCCGAGAUAGCAGAAACUUGCUAUUUGGCUAUUAAAAGGAUAAGAUGGCUUAAAGAAUCGAAAGAAGAAGUGUCAGAAAAUCCCUAUAAAUCAGUAGAUCCAGCUCCACCUUCGGCUGAAAAAAAUAUUGAAAAAUUAACAACAACAAUGCUGAACGAAAAAGAAGAUCUAUUUGAAAGAUAUCGGGCCUUGUUCGCUUUGAGGAAUAUAGGCACAACGGAGGCUGUUCUAAGCUUGUCAAAAGGUUUGUUUGUUGGAAGUCCGUUGUUCAGGCACGAAAUAGCUUAUGUCUUAGGUCAGAUGCAACAUGAAGCCGCUAUUCCUUCCCUAGAAGAAUCUCUUAGAGAUCCAUUAGAAAAUUGUAUGGUUAGACACGAAAGUGCUGAAGCUUUAGGUUCAAUAGGAUUAUCAAAAUGUAAUAAUGUCCUAAAAGAGUUUCUUCAAGAUAAGGCUCGAGUUGUCAAGGAAAGUUGCGAAGUAGCUUUGGACAUGAGUGAUUAUAACAGCAGUGGAGAAUUUCAAUACGCCAAUGCUCUGCUAAGUACGUAA